AUGGCAGGUCGCUUACGGCCGAGCCUGCUCGUAGCAGCGCUGUCGCUGUUGGUGCUCUUGACCCCAUCUACAAAGGCAUUUGACAUAGAGGGCAGGGUGAUCCUCCCAGAGACAACCCCGAAUGCGCUGGACACGGAGCUGGUGCUGAGUAAGGAGCAGGGUGACGAGGUGCGCACCUUCCCCCUCCCGGACGGUCGCUUCGCCUUCCACAACGUGCCUGCUGGCAAGCACUACUUGGAGGUGGAGUUGGUCGGACUCGUCUACUCCACCGUCGAGCUCACCGUGGGUGUUGCUGGGGACGUCAAUGCUCUCCUGUCGGAUGUCAUCAAUAAGCCCCAGCCAUUCAAUGUCAUGGCAUUCAUCAAGACGCCUUACGGGAUCAUGAUCAUCUUCGGCAUCUUCAGCCUUGUCGUGAUGCCCCGCCUCCGCGCCUAUUCGGAGGAGCUCAACAGCGAGGAGACCGCGGAGGAGAGCACAGUGCCCCCACCCACAGUGACUGCAGUAGCAUCCCCACGGCAGUUGCAGCAGCGGCGCAAGGAUCGAUGA